CGACUCGGCGGGCACCGCCCACCCAGCGGAACCCAGCGGCGAACACAGGCUACAAGUGCUGCGGCUGGGGAAUAGCGGACUUUUCUUCGGGAGCCACGCGGACACAAGUGCUCCUGGAUCCAGCUUCACUGGGUGGCCAAAGCAGAAGGAAACUUGCCUUCUCAUCUGAGGGAUUCUGUCACGAGAAUGUGUGAGUCCCUGGAUAAAUUUGGCUUGGUGACAGCAGUGUGUUGUCCCCAGAGAUUCUGCCACAUCCUUCUUGCUCCUUUUCUACCCUGACUGCCAACCCCUGUGACAAGUCAGAAGAUUUGCUGCUUUCAUGGUCUUCUGCCCCUAGCUUCCCUUUCUCGCCCCCUACCCCCUCAUGAGGAACUGAGGCCAAAGUGUUCUCAACAAGUCAUGGCUGUGAAGGAAACAGGGACCAGAGGAGCAGGCCUCCCUACAGUAUGGGCUUAGAUUCUGCCAGGUUCUUAUCUGUGCUGCCACUGGAAGAGCUUCUGGAAAUUGCUGGGAGAAUUCUAACCAGCUCCCAUGGAGCUCCAGUCCCUGACUAAGAGCAACAGCCCUGUGGACCUGUGCAGUGGUGUGGAGUGGAGUUCAGGCAACGCUCCUGGUGACCAUGCAGAAGAAGCAGCUAUCAGAGUUGCUCUUCGCUGUCAGAAAAACUUGACAUCCACACCAGGAGCAGUUGCGGUGGAAGUGUCUAGAACUAGCCCAUCUUUAGCAUCCCCAACCUCCUCGCUGCGUUACAAUGCUAUUGAGACGAGCUUCUUCCCAUCAGGCCCUCCUGACUCAGGGAAUGACCAAGUCAUAGCAGAUCGUAAAGUCUGUAAUUGUUGCAGCCAGGAACUAGAAACUUCUUUUACGUAUGUGGAUGAGAAUGUCAACUUGGAACAGAGAAGCCAGAGGUCCCCAUCAGCAAAAGGCAGUCAUCACCCUGGAGAUCUUGGAUGGGGGAACUCUAAUGAAUGGUCCCACGAGGCUCCCAUGUCUUUGAUAUCCGAAGAUGAAGAUGACACGAGUUCAGAAGCCACGUCUUCAGGGAAGUCCGUAGACUAUGGCUUCAUUAGCGCCAUCUUGUUCUUGGUCACUGGUAUCUUGCUGGUGAUCAUUUCUUAUAUUGUCCCUCGGGAGGUGACAGUGGAUCCCAACACAGUGGCAGCCCGGGAGAUGGAACGCCUGGAAGAGGAGAGUGCAAGGCUAGGGGCACACCUGGACCGCUGUGUCAUUGCUGGCCUCUGCCUCCUCACACUCGGGGGAGUUGUUCUCUCGUGCUUGCUAAUGAUGUCUAUGUGGAAGGGGGAGCUCUACCGCAGAAACAGAUUUGCCUCUUCCAAAGAGUCUGCAAAAGUCUAUGGUUCCUUCAACUUCAGGAUGAAAACUAGCACUAAUGAAAAUACCAUGGAGCUGUCCUUGGUAGAGGAAGAUACCCUUGCCGUACAGAGUUAAUUCUGAACUUCGUGAGAGACAGC